AUGAAGGGAUACUGCCAACGGCGUAUGCCGUUCAUCAUAUUACUUUUACAGGUAAUAUAUGUUACAGCUCAUACUCAACCGACAAACGUCCAUGCCGAAGCCAACGACCUGAGUUCGAACAGCGAUUCGGCCCCAACUGGUCUUUCAGCCCCCCAAAACGAACACGGCGAGCAUGGCACGGAGUACUAUCAAGGUCUCGUCGGAGAAGCAUUGUCCUUCUUGGAGCCAUUAGAGACAGGGAACAGCCGAUAUUCUUCUCUCAAGACAUCCCGAUUUCCUACUACCGCUCUUUACUACCUUGGCGAAUUAAUAUCACAACUAUAUGUCGGCGCGCCUCCAACCGACCAGGGGACAUCCGAUCAAGGGGCUAACGGGAAGGAUGGCGGGCAGACCCUGACUGGUCCCCUGUCAGAUGGCGUGGCUUUACUCAGAGAGUCCGCGAAGUACAACAAUUCUGAUGCCAUAUAUCUUCUGGCGCAGAUGAGCUUCUACGGCAAUUUCUCUUAUCCGAAGAACCUCACAGAGUCAUUGCAGAGGUAUUCGCAGCUUGCGACUCUCUCCGGCAAUAGCUCGGCCCAACAUAUGAUUGGGUUUAUGUACGCAACAGGUGUUGGUGGAGUUGUACGACGGGAUCCAGCCAAAGCCUUACUACAUCAUACAUUUGCGGCUCAGGCUGGCCAUAGCAAAUCGGAAAUGACGGUUGCAUUUCGCUAUCAAAAUGGAAUCGGAACCUCGCGUAAUUGUGAUGAAGCAGUUACUUAUUAUAAGAAAGUGGCUGACAAGGCAAUCGCAUGGUAUCGAUCCGAUGAACCAGGGGGGAAGGCCUGGGUACCAGACUCCUACAGCCUAGCAGAUUAUGAUGGAGGAGUCUAUGGCGAAGGUGCGAGCGCGUCCAGUGCAGGCAUGAACUCGCAGCGCGGGGAAGGAGGCCUGGAUGCCCAUGCAGCGUUAGACGAUGUUCUCGAGUAUCUCGAUUUGAUGUCUGGAAAGGGCGACUUCAAGGCUACAUUCAGUUUGGGUCGCAUACACUAUAAUGGUCAGAAGGGCCUCAAUCGCGACAUGAAGGCGGCACGAAAAUAUUUCCAGGCUGUCGUCGGACAAUAUUGGAAACGAGACGGGACUAAAGUGGAAACUACGGAUAAGCCCGAUAUCGAGAAGUUUGCAUGCAACGCCGCUGGCUAUCUCGGCCGGAUGUAUAUGAGGGGAGAGGGCGUCGAUAUAAACUAUGAUAAGGCACUACACUGGUUCCGGCGAGGAAUCACUGGAGGGGACGCAGGGUCAGCAAACGGUCUAGGCUUGAUGUAUCUUCAUGGCUUGAAGGUUUCCAAGGAUGCACCCAAGGCCGCGGAUUUAUUCAGAGCGGCUGCUGAGCAGGAUUACGCCCCAGCUCAAGUUAACCUUGGCAAGUUGCACUUGGACCAGGGACGGACUGAGGACGUUCAAAUUGCCAGAAGCUACUUUGAACUAGCGGCGAGAUAUGGUAAUAUUGAAGCUUACUACUACCUCGCUGAAAUUGCGAACUUUGGCAUAGGCCGGGAUCGUUCUUGCGGCCUCGCGGCUGCUUACUACAAGACCGUUUGUGAAAAGGCGGAGCCGCUACUCUCUUCAUUUGCCGAAGCAAACGAAGCUUACGCAAAUGGCGACCCAGAAUUGGCUCUUCUUGACUAUAUGAUGACGGCAGAACAAGGGUAUGAGAGAGGCCAGGCGAAUGUGGCAUAUCUCCUCGACCAGGAAAAUUCCAUUCUGAAACUGUCAACCCUCUCCCCAAUUUCCAAGCCGAGAUCAACACUGCUUGAAAACCCAGGCCUGGCUUUGGUCUACUGGACCCGGUCUGCAAAGCAAAAUAACAUUGACUCCAUGGUCAAGAUGGGCGACUAUUACCUUAAUGGCAUUGGCUCCGAGCCUGACGUGGAGAAAGCCGCUGCAUGUUACACUGCGGCUUCCGAAUUUCAUCAAAGUGCUCAGGCUCUCUACAAUCUGGGCUGGAUGCACGAAAAUGGCAUCGGGUUAAUACAGGACUUUCAUCUCGCAAAACGAUUCUACGACGAAGCACUGGAAACAAACGAUGAAGCAUACUUCCCAGUUACGCUCAGCUUAUUGAAGCUUCGCUUGAGAAGCGCAUGGAAUACUUUGACUCACGGAAGGGUCAACUCGAUCCGAUAUGAACCUGCGCCCUCGAAACAGUGGUCCCUUUCCGAAUGGAUUAACAAUUUCAUGGAAGAUGACCGCCUCCAAUACAUGGAUUAUGAAGAAGACGAUCUGCUUCAUCGCAAUGAUCCAACACAUGGAGCUGAUGAUGGGAUGUAUGAUGAUGUCAUUGACGAUGGUAUAGUCGAGAGUUUCAUUAUAAUCGCGUUGGCAGGUGCUCUUGUCUGGCUUAUAUACUAUCGGCAACAGCGACAGCUGGCUCAUAGGCAGAAUGGUCAAGGGAAUCAACCUGUUGGCGGACAACAAGCACAACCAGAUGGGGGCGUGUUCCCUAGAAACGGCGAUCCUGCAUUUGCACAGUGGGCCGCAGGAGGAGUAGGCCACUAA